GUGCCGCAUGCUUUCUUUACGCAGCUGCAGAGCCAUUGCCAUCGACUUCCAUUGGCACUCGAGUGGGCGCAGGAAAGCGCUGGCUCCGACGACCGCCUCCAGGAGCUUUCGCAGCCGAACAGCAGAUGGCAUGUGGGCGAGCAGGUUGACCGUCUCGUUGACGAUUUCGCCGACAUGUGGAUUGGGGCCGUCGUCCAGGCUGUUCGACAUGGUGGCUUGUACGACAUUGUCUACGUCGACACCGGUGCCGUGGAAACGAACGUGGAGGCGGAGGAGCUCCGACGCCGCUGUGUGCCGUGCCCCCUAGGAUCGGAGCUCUGGGAGCUUCUGUGUACCUUUGCCAGUGAUGGCCCGGAGCUCUGCGCCUACAGCCGAGUGGAGCGCGCUUCGCGGGCGGCCGCUGAGCGAGAGGGCCAGGUGCUGUGGAGCAUCCUCUAUCACAGUAACUUUGGCCGAUGCGGUUCACGCUGUGCCCUAGAAAGACCCGGUGAGGCCGACCUCCUGCGGGCGAGGCCCGCCGCCGCCGCUUGCCGCGCCGUUUGUGCGGACCCGGCUCAGAGCCCGCUGCCCCGCCAAAGGCUUCCUUGGAAGGACAAGUACGCGGAGCGUUUUGUGGAUCUUCGGCGCGAGCAGCUGCAGCAGAAACUCCUUGUUCCAGGUGCUCCUCCGGCCGGUGCGUUCGGCCGUCGUGGCCAGGAUCUGGAUGGCCGACUCCGAUUCGGAAAG